UAUUUCCUCUUUGCUUGCUGCAAAGUGGGAAUGCCCUUACAGAUUGGUGCGUGGCUAUGUUAAUGCUCGGCUCAGCCUAGCUAUUCUUCGGGCCCGCCAUCUCUGCAUGCGUGGCUCUCGUGUCCUUGCUGGCACAAUGAGCUACCGCCGUUCUCUCUGGGAUGCCGAUGGUGCACUUGCCCUCUUCCGCUAAUCUUGCCCCCGUUACUCUCUCUCUCUCUCUCUCUCUCUCUCUCUACUUCCCCACUACUUCCUCCAUUCCUCCAGCCCCCUGUUUUGCCCUGCUCCUCCCGUCCUCUUCUUUGCUCUCCCAGUACAACCCACCACCAAAGCCACUGCUCUGCCCAGCUUAGCCCCCCCUCGCUCCUUAUUAGGUAUCUACUUAGUAUUUAUUUCACACUAUUAGUACUCCAGAACAACAUCUACUGUAUCAGAUGGAUUGGCCACGGUAUCCGACAGCUCAUCCGACAGUUAUCCGACACAUGCUGCCCUGUUCUUUUCUUUGAAUGAUAGAAAAAGAUUUUGAUUUUUCUUUUUAGAAACACCUCGUCAGCAGUCACAACAGUGGUGCUACCAAAGAACGAAGAAAGCCAACAGUACCAUUUUGUUGUUUUGUUCUGUUGGAGAUCUAGUAGAAGAGUGGGAGCCAUGAACCACCUCCCCGACGAGGCCAGCAAUAAUAAUGUGCCGAGACUUCCUUGGGGUGCUCCCUCGUCUGUCACGCUGACUUCCGUGGAACGACAUCGGGCAUUGCUCUUGAAAGCCGAGAUUGAACAAUCCGAGGACAUGCGCAAUCUGCCGGACUACGACCAUGUCCAUUUGGUCAUUGCCGUUUGGAACGAUGAUCGCUACAACGAGAGGGAAAACAUACAGCGUGCCGUCGAUGUUGCCUAUAAACUGCAGUGUUUUCGGGACUUGUACAAGAUCCAAGACACGGUCGAAGACGGCCUAAACGCCAUUCGUGGGAUGAUGACUCUCAUGCCCGGUGGCAUUUUGGAUGUCUCCUACAUGCCGGACGAAGAAACCUUUUCCUUUUUCAUCGACUACAAGGCGUGUCAUCCCUCUCGGGUGCAAACCGACGGCGAUUUGCGGUGUGUGCAGGCAAUGCUGUACUAUUAUUAUCGUGCCAUGGCAUCCGAUAUCCAAUCCAUUCGAAACGGCGUCAUUACCAUGGUGGAACUGGAAGGAGUCAGCACGGAAAAUUUUGACAUGACAUUCGAAGAACGAUGCUUUUACGAAUUGAGGAGCUAUUAUCCGACAAUCUACAAGGAGACGUUUCUGCUGCAUACUCCAAUGGCAGCACUGCUUUUUGUCAAUUUGAUCAAGAGAUUCAUGAACCACAAACAACUGGCUACGCUGCAUAAUACCAAAAGCUUUAUGGAGUAUGAAGGUCGUGUGGACCAAUUGUUCAAGACACCCACCUUGGAAAUUGCCGAGGAGAAAUUGCUGGAACGAAUACGAGACUACCUGACAGAGAGAUAUCGCAAAGAGAGAGAAUUCAGGUUAUGAAUGAUUAUCAUAACUGUCAGCGGGUGCCGGCUAAACUACCGUAGCUACCGGUAGCCGAAUAGUGCAAUAGCGCCAUCAAUUGAUUUGAUACCUACCAUUGGCCCCCGAGUUGGUCCUCAAUAUGUAUGUGGCCCCUGAUCUCACCCAACCUAGUCCCAAAUUCCGCCUCUUCUUUGCCUACUAAGCCUGGCCCCUCGGCGGCUUCCGUAGAUAACUUCCCUAUGACCAUACUCUAAAAACCCCUAUAUGCAUUG